UUUUCUUUGCGUUGUAUGUGAACGCAACAUAACAGCAGCCAACGCGGUUUCGUACGCAGACGUGACAUCAACUCGGGCAUGCGCAUUAGCUAUACAAGCCGUGCAAAUUGCGUGUUUUAGCAUAAUAUGAGGUAAAGAAGCACAAUUUAUGAUUCCAAUAUUAUGAAAUUGUAUUGCUGAUUUGAAAUGUGUUCUUUGAUCGUAAUCUUGACCAACCGUUUUUGAUAAUUCGGUGUUCCCCCAUUCAAGAAGGCAGGAGCUGCACGGGCAUGACUGGAAAUUGCCUCCCGAGAGCGUUCCAAAGAUGGCCGACAGUGAUCUGACUCGAUAGAAAGACUUUGGCAGCAGUGUGCCAGAUAAAGCAGCAGUUGUCUUGAGUUCGAAUGUACUAAGUAGGCGUGUGCGAGGGAUUAUGACAUCAGCAGCAGACAGAUCACAGCGAGCGAACAUGUUUAAAAGUUUCAAUGGCUUGUAGUUGUGUGCGUCGAUGCCGUUCCGCGCUAAACACAACAGGAUAAACAGUUUUUAUUUUUUUUAUUUUGGCGUGAUACAAAUUCGUUCCUACGCACUGACCUUUUGGGGAGCUCGAAUGCAGAAUAUCGCGUAGGAGUCGCUCUGUGCGCGGUAAAGAUUUGCUGUCUGCCUGUUUCCCUUCAUCUCUAAAUGGAGUCACGGGUCGAAUUCAGCCAUGAGGAGAUAAACGGCACGAUAUGGGAAGUUCCCAUAAAGUACAUUUGCUUGAAGCAGAUCGGAACGGGAGCGUAUGGCAGUGUAUGCUCAGCCAUCAACAAUAAAACCAAUGAGAAGGUGGCUAUCAAGAAAUUACACCGGCCUUUUCAGUCUGAGAUCUUUGCGAAGAGAGCGUAUAGAGAACUACGGCUCCUCAAGCAUAUGAAACACGAAAAUGUGAUAGGCCUGCUAGACGUCUUCACUCCUGCCUUGAGACUUGACACUUUCCAAGACUUCUAUCUGGUGAUGCCAUACAUGUACACGGAUCUCUCCAAAGUCAAGGGCCCCCUCUCAGAAGACCGUGUACAGUUCUUGGUCUAUCAGAUGCUGUGCGGACUAAAGUACAUUCAUGGUGCUGGCAUCAUUCACAGAGACCUCAAACCAGGAAACCUGGCUGUGAACCAAGAUUGCGAGCUGAAGAUCUUGGAUUUUGGCCUGGCACGUCAUGCAGAGGCUGAGAUGACAGGUUAUGUAGUAACGCGGUGGUACCGGGCCCCUGAGGUCAUUCUAAACUGGAUGCACUACACGCAGACAGUUGAUAUCUGGUCUGUUGGCUGCAUCAUGGGUGAAAUGUUCAAUGGAAAAACACUCUUUAAAGGCAAAGACUACAUGGAUCAAUUGACUCAGAUAAUGAAAGUAACAGGGACACCCGGGACAGAAUUCAUUGAGAAACUAGAAAGCCCAGAGGCAAAAAGCUACAUCAAAUCUUUGCCCCACUACCCACGCAAAGAUUUCUCUGCAUUGUUUCCCAGAGCCAGUAAAAAAGCGGUAGAGCUGCUUGAGAAGAUGCUGGUGUUAGAUGCUGAUGUCCGACUCACUGCUGAUGGUGCAUUGGCACACAGUUUUUUUGAUGGAUUAAGGGAGCCAGAAGACUGGACAGAGCCGACGCCAUAUGAUAACAGCUACGACAAUGCUACAUUGCCCUUAGAAGAGUGGAAAUGUUUGUCAUUUAAAGAAGUGAGAAGCUUUGUUCCAUUCCCAAGAAGAGACUCAAAGAGAAGAAACACACUCACAAUGACUUAGUGAUAGUGUGCUAAAGCAAUAGUUCACCAAAAAUUCGCUCAACGUUUACUCACACUCAUGCCAUCCCAGAUGUGUAUGACUCUAUUUUUAUUUUUUUUGCUAAACACUAAUGAAAACUUUUAAAAGAAUAUCUCAGCUCUGUAGGUUCAUACAAUGCAAGUGAAUGGUGGCCAGAACUUUGAAGGUCCAAAAAACACAUAAAGGCAGCAUAAAAGUAAUCCAUACAACUCCAGUGGCUAAUCCAUGUCUUCAGAAGCGAUAUGAUGGGUGCGGGUGAGAAACAGAUCAAUAUUUAAAUCCUUUGUUACUGUAAAUCUCCACUUUCACUCUCACAUUCUUAUUCUUUAGAUUUUUUGCGAUUCGCAUUCUUCUUGCAUAGCACCACCUACUGGAUACGGAGGAGAAUUUAUUGUAAAAAAAAUUGCUUUCUCACCAACACUAUGUCAUAUCGCUUCUAAAGACAUGGAUUUAACCACUAAAGCUGAGAUAUUCUUCAAAAAAAUCUUUGUGUUCUGCAGAAGAAAGAAUAUCAAACACAUCUGGGAUGGCAUGAGGGUGAGUAAAUGAUGAGAGAAUUUUACUUUUUGGGUGAACUAUGACUUUCAUGGUGGACUGUAUUACAAUGACACAAUUAGACCUUCCAUCUCUACCUUGGAGCAACUUAGAAUGUAUAUUCACUCCUAAAAACUAUAUAUAACUUGCAGUAUUUUGUAAAUGUGGUAUUUCUGGGGCCAUUUUAUUAUGAUUUAGUUGUAACUGUCCUUCAUUUAUUGCCAAUGUGCAUAGCACAAUAAAAGGAUAGUUCACUCAAAAAUUAAAAGCUUUCAUCAAUUUCACAUUUUAGACACUAGUGAAUAUUCUGCUAUAUAUCCCCUUUUGUGUUUCUCAAAAUAUUAUUUGGGUUUUUGCAUGAACUGUCCCUUAAGCGCUAUUAUCAGGCACUUAUAUAAAAAAAAUGCUCUACAAAGAACUGCCACAUUGUCAUGUAUUUUAGAUUUAUUGGUCUUAAAUUUAAAACAAAAUGAACAUAUUUCACAUUUGGUAUACAUAUAGACCUAAUACAGAUUGUAUACAGUAUAGUGAACAGCAAAAACAAUGCAUUUUUAAAUAUUAUUUUGUUACUUUACUUCAGCUUUUUAGACUUCAGUCAAACACUCAAAGAAAGCUUCAGUAUUGUGAGAUGUUUACCUAUAAUUAAGGCUUGUUUUAGCUACCAUCAGAACUGUUGAAAGGUGUGACAGAAUGUUUUGCUUGGAGGAAAAUGUAAAUGAAGCGAUAGAUAAGCCAUGACAAAUGGCAACAUGGGAGAACCUGAGGGCACACCAAGGUUUUAUUAGCACUACGGUGUGAAAUGUAGAGGCCCAUUCAGUCCUUUGUGUUUUUUUAUCUCUGUUGUUACAAAAUGUGGGAUUGUUUUUAACUGACAUAAAAGCCUACAACUUUUAUUCCACUGUCUUUUGUC